AUGGCCUCAGAAAAAGCCAAGAUUGACGUUUGGCUGGACUGCGACCCGGGACAUGAUGAUGCCUUUGCUAUUCUGCUCACAGCCUACCACCCCGCCCUGAACCUCCUCGGAAUCUCCACCGUGCACGGCAAUGCAUCCCUAAAGAACACAACCUACAAUGCUAGCUCUUUGCUAACUGCUAUCGGUCGACCUUCCAUCCCCGUUUACCCCGGCGCAGCCUCAGGACUAGUGCGCCCUGCUGUCCACGCCGGUGACAUCCAUGGGGAAUCCGGGUUAGACGGAACCUCUCUCCUCCCUCCGCCAGCAGAGCCAGCCAAAUCCGAGCCAGCCAUCGACGCCAUGGCCUCCGCACUCCUCAAGACCCCGAAAGGUAGCCCAUGGCUAAUAGCCACAGGGGCUCUAACCAACAUUGCGCAGCUAUUCGACAAAUACCCCGAAGUUGCAGAGCAUAUCAAAGGACUGAGCAUCAUGGGCGGCGCCAUUGGCGAUUCUUUCACCGAUGCCGUCCUAGGAAAAGUCGACGACAAAGCCCGGAUCGGGAACUGGAGCCCCUGGGCAGAAUUCAACAUCCUCAUCGAUCCCGAAGCCAGCCAGAAGCUCUUUUCCAACCCGGUCGUCGCGCGCAAGUCCGUGCUCAUCCCCCUGGAUCUGACGCAUCUAGUAUUAGCGACGAAAGACGUCCAGAAGCUCUUGCUCGGCGGCAAGACCGGGACUGAGAAUAGCACGUUGCGGACUAUGUUGGUGGAGCUGUUGACCUUCUUCGCAAAGACGUAUGCGGAUGUUUUCGGCAUCACCGAGGGCCCGCCUUUGCAUGAUCCGUUGGCCGUGGCGGUGAUCUUGGACGGGAUCGCGGGGGAGGAAAUCCCGUUUUAUGAUUUUGAUCCUAGAGCGAAGGAAGGGGAGAAGAGGAGAGAGAGGUUUCAUGUCCAUGUCGUGACGGAGGGCACACAUGAGGAGGCGCAGAAGGGCGCACAGACCGGGAGGACAAUUGUUAAGUUGUUACCGGAAGGGGAGGAGGGGGUUAAGAUCCCUAGGGGGUUGAAUAUUGAACGAUUCUGGAAUGUCAUAGAGGAUUGUUUGGAAAGAGCAGAUGCGGUGAAUAGACAGAACGGGGUUAAAUAG